AUGAAGGUGAUCGGCGGGGACAUCACAUAUUUUGGAUAAGUUAUUGGUUCCAUGUUUAUUUUUUUCAUUGAGUCUAGGGAGGGGUUAUAUAUAUAUAUGUGUGUGUGUGUGUGUGUGAGUGUAUAAGAUCUAUACACGCUAUCCACAUUUCAGGUGCCUGUGCUAGCAAACACCUCUGUAGAAUUAUCACUUUUGCAUGAUAAGGAGUAUUCUAAAUAUUCAAACUUUUUAAUUCUUCACGCAAUGUUUGUCCAUCUUGACUUGAGAGGUUAUUGACUUGCGAUGUUCCGCUUGAAGUGGUAAGUGGACCGCGAAAAAGAAAAUCGAUUCUUUAAAUACUAAUUGCAUUGAGAUUGGGCGGGUACAGUGUAUAUCGCACACAACGUGUUCCUUUAUGUGUGACGAAAUUUGAGGUAAGUGAGUAUUUACGAGUGGGUAAGUUAUAUUUUAGUUUUAUGCAUGAAAAAUGCUCUUGAUAUAAAACGGAAAUCUUUACAAAUUGCGAAAUGGCUGUGUAGGAGUAGGGUAAAACACGGUCUAUUGAUGUAGGAGUAGCUCGUUACUGGACAUUCAUGUUUAAAUGUCUUUAUGAAUGGUACGUAUUCAGGUAAUAUAUAUUUAAUUCUGAUAAUGAUAUCUCUAAUUAUGUUUGUAGCGAAUAGUACUAGGCUCUAGUACUACUAGUCUAACCUCUAGUUUUGUUCAUACAGAUGGCACGUUGCCGGGUACUGAUUAAAUAGUGAUCAGAAUUUCUAUUACAUGUAUCAGACUUGUUUUAGGAAAUUAAAACUAUCUAUUUUUAGACUUCAACUAAUACGGUGAUCUCUUUAAUGAGAAGAAGUUAACGAGUAUAUUUUGUUAUGCUUCUGGUUACGAUAUACAUGUAUUUAGCUUUAAUUCGGCCUGUCGUGGAUUUUACAGAUGUUACCAAUUAAUUGUACGCGGAGAGAAUAUUCCAACUUGUUGAAAAAUGCACGAGGAAGCGGUUUAAAUGAGUACUGGGUUAAGUCAUUCCUGGGGAUAUUGCUUGUAUUGAGAAUUAGGGUGGAAUCCUUUAAGGAUCGAAGAGAACACUGCAGGCUUAAAUUCUUCUUUUAUAAAAUUGCCAGUGGAAUGAUUCAUUGUGAAUUUCAUGUACAAUUUAUUCUGUGUACGUUUGCAACUUUCUUUUAUUUUACGAUUUUCUGAUUCGAAUGUUUGUUUACCAAAAUUAUUAACAACAUAUCAUUUAUCAGUUUAUUACUAUGAAUUUGUAUUUUAUCCCUAACUAUAAGAUAGAGGAAUAAUCUGAACUCAAUUUCCCUUCAUUAUCGGUAUUUCUAAUGUUGACAAUGGAGAAGAAACACCUCAUUAUCAAUUGCGAAAUGGGGUCAGUCACUCGAUUAAUCACCAGGGGAAUCAGUUUUCAUCAGAUGACACUCUAUUUACAAUAUGGAUUUUGUAAGGAAGACAAUCAGUAUUUUCAUGCAAGUUGUCCCGCUUUUUAUGCUGAAAAAAGUAAACGUCACGCUGUGUUUACAAACAAACUAACCAAAAACCUUGGACAGAUACCGUAUUUAAUGGAAAUAAAGCCUACCCGGAUAAUAAAAAAGAUGGAGGCUCUUCUCUGUACAGAAACGUAUUUAACAAAUAAACGUAAUUUUACUAAUUAUUAUAUAGAUGUAGGCCUACGAUAUAAUUAAGUGGGGACAGUUUACGCAUUAACAACCGCGAAACACUUUAUAAUUUUAAGUUUCUACACUUCUGUCCCAACUUUCUAUGCAUUCCUUAUAGCAAGCUUAUCUUUUUAAAAAUAUCCCUAUCGCCAUAUCUAUCAUCUACUGUGUAAGUAGAGAUAUAAGAAAUGUUUUAUUAAUUAUGAAAUUUUAUCAUAAUAAUUUGAAUUACUUAGAGAAUUGAUCGAUUUCUUAAAGUCCUUUAUUUUGUGCAAGUGUUUUGUAUAAGUUAUGAAUAUUUUUCGUUACAAAGUAAGAAUGUACGCAUUAAGUAUGUUAAAUGGGGGGUGGUUGGUUGGUUGCAUUUGACAAAGACCAUCUAUCCUUGUCAGCGAAUUUAGAGCAUCCCCCCCCCCCCCCUUUCGCCACAGAUUUACAAGGCAUUACUGGCAUAUAAUAUAUUGUUGAUAAGGUCAAACAAAUUCAAACCUUCCGUAGAAAAUAUUGAAAUAAAGAAUAAUGGGCGUAAAACUCCCGAUUUGGCACCCAAAAUGGCUGAGUAUUUAACUUUCACAUGUGCCCCUCCCCCUUUUUUCGGAAAUACAGGAUUCACCACUGUUUAUUAUUUGAUAUAAGAAAUAUAAUGCCAGCCUUGUGGCCCCUCCCCACUUUUAUUGAUUGGAACUUUUUAGUAGUAAAAAAAAAAUACUGCUAAAGUCUUUAGAAAAUUGAAUUCUAAUCCUCUGCUUUUAUAUUUCAAAACAACAUUUCUUGACCUCGGAGGUUAUCAUGCAAUAUACACGAAAACUCGAUCGUUAUGUUUCCCCUUCCCAGAACGGGGAUGUAUCGUUUUAGUGUUUCAUCUUCUUCUUCUCCUCCUCUUCUUCUUUUCUUCUUCUUCUCUUCUUCCUAACUUUUUUGUCUUUUGAGAUAGGUCUUUGAUAUUUGGUAUUUUGGUAUACAAUGAUAAGGCAGUGUGUAAACUUAAUGUUAAUCUGCCCAAAGGUCAAACUUCAAAGCGUCGCGAUACAGUAAAAUAUAUAUGUAGCAUACUCCUCGCGGCCAGAUUUGAGCCCUCAUGCGACAUAUUGCAAAUUGGUAAGAUUUUGUGCAAAUUACAUGUGAAAUGUAAGUAAAAGGGCGAUAUAAUCAUCAACAAUCAUGGUAUCGGGAUAUGCAUACUCUAUCAAACAAAUCAAGUAGGCAGAGAGAUGAAAUGACCGAGAAAGAUGGGUUUAAAUCAUCAAUUUCAACUUUGUAGACCUACUCGUAAAACGCGAACGAAAUGUUUGAGGUAAGUACGGGUUUCUGAAAUUCGGUGACAAAUUCGAAUGAUCAAGAUAUAUCUACCACACUCUAUGCAAUAUGAUGUUUGCAGAAAUAUGGUGUAGUUUAUGAUAAAAUCGAUCUCAUACUCGGUGAUACUGCGUUUUCUCCGCUUCGGAGCCGAGCCCUCAUGCUCCACAGUGACGAUUCCUGGAAUGUGACGUUAUACACGGUGAAUAAACAAAUCUUAAACCAAAACGAAGUCUUUAGAAAUUAUUUGAAAAAUGUUUUUAGCAGUAUCUUAGCAGACUGGAAUAAAUCAUUAAAAAUUUGUCUGCAUGUUUUCUCCACAGUAUCAAUAAUGGAUUCGACAUCCACCAAGGGGAAUCCAGAGGGGAAACGCAAAGGCAGGAAAAGAGGAAAAUACGGUACAACACAAGAGCCCUUGGAUUUUCCGUCCUGUCGUGUUUGUGGGAAGAAGUCCACGGGAAUUCAUUUUGGUGUAUACAGCUGUGAGGCCUGUAAGACUUUCUUUCGAAGAAGUCUUCUCAGAAGAACCCCAUACAAGUGUGACGAAGGAGGAACGUGUCUCAUUGAGGCUGAACAACAAAGAGGGAACACCUGUUCUGCGUGUCGUCUGCUGAAAUGCCUGAAACUAGGGAUGUCAAAAGAAGGUGUCCGUCAAGGGCGAUAUACGGUUACACAGAGGACAAAUCUCAUACUAGAGGCCCAGAAGCUUCGUAGUGAGACCUGCGAUAGACAAGCUGGUGACGUAUACAAUGAGAAAAUACCCCAUGUCGAAAAUUCAAUCGACCAAAAUGACACAGAUCUGGCUUGCCCUUCCGUUCCAUUUGAAAUACUUAGAGAAGAUGAAAUUGCAACGGAAGGAACAGAGAACCUUGUAGACAGUCUAUAUACUGACGACAGUCCUCCUACUUCAUCCUGUCAAGAUAUUAUAAACGAUUCCCAUUGCCCCACUAUAAAUGAUCUCUCGGAGAAAGUAGGGAGAACUUCCAUCACUCAGGAUGACAAUGCGGACCUCUCCCCGGAAGGAACUUUAAGUCGAAUCAUGACGGCUUUUAGUCAUCUAGAACCAUUUACGAAAUCUUUGACAGACCAAGAAAUUCAGGAUAUUUUACAGGAAGGACUGAAUAUACACAUGGAAAAAACGAAACUAUUUGGAAAGCUGGAAUACGUAGACACGGACGAUUACUACGAGAUUUAUUCGAAAACACAGAUGGAUGUGGAUGGUCGGAAGAAAUUGUUUUUAGAGGGAAGGCGCGAAUUCAAGAAAAUGGCCAAUGACUAUGUGAACUUCACUAAAAAUAUUCCUUUUUUCGCCGACUUGUGUAUCGAAGACCAAACAGCACUGUUGAAAGCUUCCCAUUUCGAAUUUUUCACUAUAAUGAACCAUAGAGACAUCGAUCCUCAGAGGGAAAUUGUGAUAACUUACACGGGCAAGGUACUGCCAGUAAGCGAGAUGUGUCCUUACACUCCAAGGGAGACAAUCCUGCGCUGGGGAGAAUUCUCUAAAGAGAUUCAAAAGCUUCACUUAAGUUCAGCAGAACUUGCUCUGAUUCUUGGAAUUUGUGUGACUUUCAGAGAUAGAUGUGAACUGAACGCACCCGCAGACGUAGAAAACAUUCAAGAGACCCUGCUGGAUACCUUAGAGUAUACCAUCAACAGAUCACAUCACCCCAACAAAGGAUGGCGCUUCGCCAAACUCCUGGACUUGUUUGUGCGACUGCGUGUCAUUGGGGACGAGUAUUUGGAACUUUACAAGACUAUUUGCCAAGACCAGUGUCUGAAAGAUAAUCUCCCAGAAUUCCUUAUGUUCCUGUAGAUUUUAUUGAGAGAUGUUUGUUAGUUCACGGGUAUUUGGAUAUUGCUAUGAUGACUCUGUAUUGAAUUAAUGUGAAAUCAAUUAAAUCUGAGGGGUUCAUUUUUGCGGGUUGUCAGGAUUUUACAGUUUUGUUGUGAUGUAAUUUCGACUUCAUGGAUAUGAUCCCUGUACAUUGAAACAUAUGUUUAUUCUGUAUUUCAUUGUGGUUUGAAAUUCGUGGAAAUGGGAUACCCACGAAAUCAACAAAAAUUGAGCCCCCACGAAAUCAAAUGAUUCCACAGGAUCUCUCAUUCUAUAAACAAUGAAGCGACACUCUGAGUUAAUUAGAGACUGCCUCCACGCCGAAAGUGUGAGGGGGGAUAAGAAAGUAACGGAUUUCAAGGAUACAACCUAAACAGUCCUUAUUCUGUCUGACAAACAUCAUGUACCUAUUUACAUUUCAUGUCGUAUCGUGUAUGAUUUUUUUAUGCAAGAGUUGGGAAAUUACUAUGCUUCCCUAUUUUUCAAUUAAAACAUAUUUUCAAAUA